AUGAAGAUGAAGAGUGUAAUGGAUAAGCAAAACGAAAAAGAUAAUACACUAGAAUUUAUUUCCAUGUAUAGAAAUCAUGAAUGUUUGUGGAGAGUGCAAUGUAAGGAUUAUAGUAACAAAAACAAAAGGAAUAGUGCCUUAGAUGCGUUACUUGACAUAUACAGGAAACUAGUCCCUGGAGCAUCAAAGGCAGAUGUACUUAGAAAAAUAAACACUCUGAGGAGUAGUUUCAGAAGAGAAUUGAAAAAAAUUAAUGAUUCAAAAAAAUCUGGCUCUGGUACAGAUGAAUUAUACACACCAUCUCUGUACUAUUUUGACGAACUAAGGUUUGUUGCGGACCAAGAUGUUCCUCGCCAAAGUACAAGCACUUUAGAGGAAGAUGGAAAUACAAGGAAAACAACAGACCUUGUAUCGCAAGACACUGAACCAGGUCAUGCUGACGACUUGGAUACUGAUGUUACCUCGCCACAAAGCAGCACAUCAGUUCAAACACCAACUCCGAACAAAAGACCGAGACGCACAAAGAAAAAUGAUGUUACGCAUGACAUCCUACAGAGAGUGGCCGAAAACUUGCAGCGUCCAGAGUCGUCAAUGAGUAUUUUUGGUAAAUAUGUAGGUUCAAAACUGGACGAGUUCGACCCUAAAACAAGUAGGGUAGCCUUAAGAUAUUGUUCAAAAUGUUUCAAACCAAGUUACGUCACCUCAUGUUAUGAUACAAUCCCAACAAUACUCCAAUUACAAUGA